CUGUGGAAAGUUAAUUUUCGCUGAAUACAGAAAACGUUCACUACAAUGCUGUUACUCAGAAUUCGUGAACAGAUUAAUUGUCGCAUAUCUUAAGUGUGAUCAAAUUAACGAGACACUUCGCAGUUACAAUUAAAUUUUAUAAUACAUUCUCGAAUUAUCAGAUGUAUAAACCAUAAGUGUGGAUCUUCAUGAGUGCAGAUAUCUGAAUUAACUAGGUCAACGAAUUGUAUUGUGUGAGCUGUGAUUUUUCGUUCGAUUUUUCUAUAUCGUAUUACUUUGAUGAUCAUUAAUAUACAAAUUAAUGAUAAUCGUUUCCAUAUACGUAACAAAUCGAACAAAUAAGUAGAUUGUAACAGUAUAAACGAAGCAAUUUUCGAAGCAGCUGUUACUGAGAAACGCAAGUGCGCGUGUCUGCCAUAUUUUGGCAGGAAUAAUUAGUAAAGCGUACGGCACUUAAUUUAUCUGUCAAUUUUUUGUGGCUCUAGCACAUUAUAUAUUCACGGUAUCUAAAAGUGGUGAAUAAAAGUGUAACCAAUGAAAUCAGUCACUUCUGUUCCUGAAACAAAUUUCCAAGGUAUCGGGCGUGACAUGGCAGAGCGCCUUGGUUUGGGCCCUGAGAUUCGCGAACUCAAACUCGGACCAACUUUUACGAACAAUAGGUCGACAGCUUUUCAUACGUUAAAAUAUGAUUUUAAACCAGCAAGCGUAGAUGUUUCUAAAGUGGCAAGAGUUGACGUUGGAGCAAACAACACAAUGACAGUUACUGUCCCACAUUUAGAUGGUGCUGGAAUUCCUCACACGGUAUUUAGAGGUUCACAAAGACCUUAUCACAAAGAAUGCGUUUUAAUAAUUGAUAGAGUUACUGGAGAAAUUACUUUAGAAAAGUUGACAGCAAACAUACAAGUUAAAAAAACUCGAACGGAACCGAAGUCUCAGUCACAUUUAGGAGUGUCUGGAAGCAAUAGACCUAUAACUCCAGUUGAAACCAAAAGAAGUCCUACACAUGGAAGGGCAACUGGAAGAACAAAAGUUACAAGUGGAAAGAAGAGGGAACCUAGUGUUCAACUACAUCCAAAACAGUAUAGUCCACUUAGAGUUUCUCCUUAUCAUGGGAAAAGUCCACCUUCUACUUCAACUAAUUGUUCACCAGUGCAACCAUCAGUGCAACCGUCGACUUUGGCAAGUUUGCCGAUGAUUGGUUCUGAUAAUGAUGACUGUCCUUUACCGUCGUCUGGAUCAUUCCCGACUGUAAACUCUUCUGCACCUUCAAGGUCAUCUCCUGCAGCAAAUACUCAGCCUACCACAAAACCUUCUGUAACUGUAGACAGUGAUGAAGGAGCUCUCAGUGAUUCUACAUCAAGUAGCUCGAGUUCAGAUAGUUCAGACAGUGAUUCUGAUGCUGAGAAUGUCCCAGUGUUGGGAACCAAUGGACAUUUUAAUAGUACAACUUCAUCUCCCACCCUCAUUAUGCCACCAAAUAAUCUUUUAAAUGAUGAUUUGCAACUAUCAGAAUCAGAAUCUGAUAGUGAUUAAUGGGAAGAAACGAAUGGUCUGUUUAAAGUCUUUUUCGUUGAAAUGUUAUAUUUUUUCCAAGAUUUUGUUUACUAUGGUAUACUGAAAAAUCAAGGAAACUUAUUUCUGUUGCAUAUUACAAAAGGAAAUGUCCAUAGUACAUACGAAAACAUGCUCCACAUAUUUUAUAUGUACCACAGUAAGUUAUGUUAUAUAUUAUACAUACACAAUUCUUCGCUUUUUGUGCAGUAAAUAUAUGCAACACAUAAUGAAUACAAGUGGUAAUGUAGUGUAUGUACAUUUAUUUAUAAGGUAUUAGGGAUUGUACAGUUACUACUGACUAAUAUUUAGUGUAAUUAUAUGAUCUUUAUUUUCUUAUAUAUUUUAAAGGUAGAAAUCUUGCCGAAAUCUUCUACAUACUUCCUAAGAAAGUGGCAAAUGCUUUAAUUUUAAAUUGAUUCUUCAUAGUUUUAAAACCUUUAAAAUAUUUAAAUGCCAUAUCAACCAAUUGAUUUUUCACA